ACGGGUUUAUAUCGUACGGCGAAACCCCUGUGUAAUCGUGGACACGUUGGUGUUUUCUGUAAGGACCUGUUUAUUUAACAUUUACGGAAGGAGUCUCCAGUCAGAGGUGAAACUGUAGCUUUGAGUUCACGACAGAGGAGUUUAUACUUUGCGGUUUCUCAGUAACAUGACAAGUCGUUGUUGUUUUUUUGUUUGUUUUUUUUUGUCUUAUUAACUUCAACCAAGAGAGAGAGAAAAAAGAAAGCAUUAAAGAGCGAUGGUUUACAGCUGAUAUAACGUAUAGUAGGAACUAACUUAUUUUAAAGACGUUCCUUGACAUUAAAAUGACUAUAAAUGGAUAAACAGUAUGACAUGUCAUACAUUAAUAAAUAAAUAAAAAUUGGCUAAUUGUCGUGCAAGAGGAAUAAAGCUGCUUUGUGGCGAAAACAAUAACAGCGUCACACCACCCCGUCAUUAAUUUAUUUUCCUAAAACAGCACACGCCCAUGUUGUUGUUUUUUAUUCCUUACUAAUUAAACUUGGAUUUAUGGAAUUAAAGGUAAUAAUUUAGGUUGAAAAGAUAUUAUUUGUCCUUGUGAAGCCAAACAGUAUAGCAGCAAAGAUUUAUUUGUUGGUAGAAAUACUAUAAUAGUUAGAAUGAAACAUAGACAGAAGAGAAAAUCACUGUGCUAGAAAAGAUAACUGUUUGUUUUGUUUAAGAAACAACGAGAGAGAGACUUAUGUGAAAGAGUCGCCCGGCUAGUAACCAAUCACAGCGCAGAAAGCCGGAGCUGCUCCACCAAUCCCGACGCUGAAGGCGGAGUUUGUACAGAAUACGGGUGGGGUAAUGUAUUACGCCUUUUUUGAAGUCUCGACGGAAAUACAGCUAUGAAAAGAAGUGUUCCGGUUAAUAUGUGUUUAUUUAUAGAAACUCUGUUUGACGGAUCUAAUAUAAAUCCCCGUAGCUACUUAACUGUACUUCUAACAUUGCUAUUUUUGUAGACAUAUAUUUAAAUCCGUAAAUAGACCAUGAUCAGGAUGUGUUACUACAGACGUUGUGUGAAAUGACGUGGCUGGUGUUACGUUUAAUGUUGUCCGUGGCGCUGUGACGUCAAUCUCCUUUCCACUGCUGCUCAGAGACACUCCUGAGAUAAAGUUGCUCAAUAACCACAAAUGCUGAAGGAAGUUUCAAAAUCACGCUACAAAAUCUGCCAUAUCUGGGUUUUUCUGCUAUCUGGGUUUUUCUAUUUACAUCUGGAGUGAUAAAAAGAAGAUGAGAUGCAGUCUUUUCUUCCAGUUGUUCGUCUGUUUUUCUCACCUAAGGGGAACGCUGAUGUGGCUGAAUAUGACAGAUGGUCAUAAUUGCAGGUUGGAGUGUUUGAACGAUUAUCUCUACACCAUCAGGUGUGAGUUGAACAUGACCUCUGAGCCAAGACCCCAUGAUGCCCUCUACUGGCUGGAAUUCCAUGAUGAACUGGAGACAUUCGAGUGUGCGUUAACGUCGCAGACAUACUCAUGGCUGUGCGUGCUGAACCUGUAUACACGGGUUGAACACACGUUCAUGGACACGGACUUCUUCCAGAUCUCGCUUAACUACAGUUUCCAUGGCAACAAUGGAUCAACAGUGCUGAAGAAAGUCUACAUGCCAGUAAAGAACAUUCAGCCUGUCCCACCAUCGAAGCUGAUGUUGCUAUGGAAACCAGAUGAGGCUGUUUUCCACUGGCUCAGCGGCUAUAUUGAAAACGUGAUGCUUGUCCCGUUCCUCCAGUACCAACUCAGCAUACACAGAACGAACAAGGUGUUGGACGUCCACUCCUUUCAAACCAAUGUGUCGGUGCCGAUGUCCACCUUUGAGCCUGACACUAACUACACAGCACACUUGCGCUCAGCGCCUUAUGGGACAUCUUACAAGGGCGUUUGGAGUCACUGGGGUCCCGCCAUUUACUGGAGAACUGGACGCACUAAAAAAGUAAAACUUGAUACAGCAGCUACGGGCCCAGAAGCAGACACUCUGGAUAUGUCUUUCGCUAGAGUCUGGCUGGCUCUGUUCUUACUACCGCUGAUAUUGUUCUGCUACUUUUCAUACACCAGGUGGAAAAGGUACGUACUGAACCCAGGUCCUGCUCCUCAUAUUGGAGAUUUCAAAUGUUUGGGGAUGCUGCCAGAGAAUGUGGGUGAGCUGUUACAAAAGGAGGAGUCUCUGCAGAUUGACCACUUGACUGAAGAACCGAAUCCCACCCAGUAUAAAAACAUGAGUAACGUUAAUGACAGCUCAGGCCACACCCCCAUCACUGGCUCACCCAGAUCUCCAAGCACUCUUCAGUGUUCUGUGGAUUCAAAGGUCAGCAUGAGUAGCUGGAUGCAGGUUUUGAUGUCAGCAGAGAACGGGAGUGUGACGUACAGCGAUGACUACUGCACGCUCUCGCACGCCCUUAGUGAACAUGCUGUUAACACACACAAGCACUAAACAGGACAACACGUGUAUUCUGAACAACCGCAUACAAGCUGGGAAUGUUCACAGGUAACACACCCACACCUUAAUGAUGACACGUCUUUAUACAGCAGUUAAUAGUUGCUUGACUGAAGGAGGACAUUUUGGACUUUGAAAUGAAAGCAUUUUUCUGGAAAGCAUCGUAUUAUUGUGAUAAUCGUCAUCAGCAGCAGCGUUUCAUUUUAUUGCAUUUCUCUCAGAACUUCUUUCUGCUCACAGAAAGGUAGCAAAGCUCAGCUCACUGUUGUGAUACUCCCUCAGUAACUCAGCCUCAGAUUUUGCUCCCACAAGCCAAAGAAUGUAUCAAAUCUUUUGUGCACUUUUCUGGCCACAAGCUUCAGAAUCUUGAAAGUAGGUUAUUUCCAGCAAGAAAGGAAAGUGAGCUUCUUGGAAACCCAUAUUUGAAAGAUAUUCCAGAUGCCAUCCACCCCAAAGGAAUUUUGAACAAUCCCACCCGCUCCCAAGAAAUCCCUGCCUGCACAAUCGGGCCUGCUCCAAAAGGAAUUUUCGAACAAUCCAGCUCGCUCUCAAAGAAAUUCGGAACUAUCCCACCCACUCCUGAAGCAAUUCGGAAUAAUCCAGUCCAUUCCCAAAGUAAUUCUCACCAACCCCGCCCACCCCAGAAGGAAUUAUGCUUGCUCUCAAACAAGUUCUGAACAAUCCCACCCACUCCUGAAGGAACUGUGAAAGGAAUUCUGGACGAUCCCAUCCACUCCCGAAGAAAUUCUGACCAAUCCUGCCUGUUCCUACAUGUACAUGUCUGCAAUAUCGUCUAAUGUGCUUAAUCAUUUAAAUGACACCCAUGAUGACCAGAAUAUAGCAUAUACCAUGGAUGAACAGAUGUGGUAAAGACGAAAUCCGCCGU